AUUCGUCUCCCCGGACGCCCCUGUGUCACUAUGUGCUACGUCAUGGUGCGUCAUAGGGCAAAGGUUACCUGAAGGGUUUCCCGCUCUUUCGUGUUGAAAUUGAAGCUUCCGUGUGAAUCUUUAGUAUAAUUCCCUUACGUAAACCCCAUAGAUGUGUUUGUGUGGUUUAUAGACCUUCUCUAGACUCUCCUUCAUCUGUCUGACAAGUGUGAUCCCGACAUCUGCUUCCAUAUGCUGACAACAGACGGCAUUUCGACGUGGUGAGGGUCUACGGUGUCCGCGCGUACAUCGCCCUCUCUAGGCUUGCAGAUCGAACUAGGAGUCUCCAAAAAUGCUGACAAGUCGUGACAAACGCGAGAUUGUUUCCCGGCGCCGGCAUUGUGCAGAGUGGAAUUACUCUGGCCGAGAACGCCAGACCAAAGUGAAAGUAGAGACUGAGAAUGUCUCCCGGCGUUGUGCAGAGUGGAACUACUGUGGCCGAGGUCCGAGCACAUGGCAUGAGCAGUAUCCGGUAGCCAAGGGACAGCGCCAGUCACCCAUCGACAUCGUCACAGACAAAGUCGAGUUCGACCGGACUUUGUCAGACAACCCGCUGAACAUCAUCUACAGCAACAACUGUUGUCAGAGUGUCACCAACACCGGAGCAUCCUUCCAAGUCGCCGUUGAUGGGACAGGAACUGAGAUCAGCGGCGGUCCUUUAGACAACACUUACAAACUUGUGCAGUUCCAUGCUCACUGGGGUCAUGGCGGGAACGAAGGGUCAGAACACACCGUGGACGGAGUCACCUACCCUGCAGAGCUUCAUUUGGUUCACUGGAACACAAAGUACAAGGAUGUUACGGAGGCCGUGGACAAGUCUGAUGGUCUGGCCGUAAUUGGUAUAUUCUUUACGGAGGGGAAGGAGCAUGCAGGAUUCAAGUCAGUCUCCGACUUGUUCUCCAAAGUUCCCCGUAAGACGGACAAGGUGGACAUUAAGUUCAAGUUCGACCCGGCAUGUCUACUGCCAGCUGGGCGUGACUACUGGACGUACCUCGGGUCCCUGACCACGCCUCCUCUGUUUGAAAGUGUCACCUGGAUCGUCAUGAAGGACCCUGUGGAGGUCUCUGCGGAACAGCUGGCUGCACUGAGAAGUCUACUAUGGGAGACUCCUAGCGGAGAGGGCCAGAUGUGCAACAACUACCGACCACCACAGCCUCUGCAAGGCAGACUGGUCAGGGCUUCGUUUUAGCGAAGAAACUACUAUUGAGGACAUGAUCCCGGCCGUGGUCUUGGGUGCCCUGGCCAUCGGCAUAGGCGCCAUUCUAGCUUUAUCCAUGAUUCGGACCAAACGCUGGUGCUAACACUUUGAGAAUUUCUUUAGAAAGGACGCCUUUUCGGUUUCACUUCAAGUUUCAUUUAUACAUUUUUUGUGUUUUUUCUCACUUGUGGUUCUUAUCAUUUUGUGUAUCUGUAAAGAAUGCUUUCAAAGAUGGUUGACAAAUUAAUUACCUGUAAAGUCUAUAACGUUACACCUUCAAGCCGCUAAAUGCCAAGUAAUCAAACUGUGCUCUGGAUAUUUUAAUUUUCUACAAAAGGGAAAAGGAAUGAAUUUACACAUUCCAGUACAGUAUAUGACUCUGCAUCAUGUAUAUAUGCAAUAUAUUUUCCAAAUUACGUUCUAUUUACUACAAAGUUUGUUUUUUUACUAGCCUAAUCUUGCAAGAUUUAUGUGUCGGGCUCGGAGCACGAAUGAGAAAUACGAGUAACGUCGAUGCUUAAGAUGUAAUAUGUGAUGUAUUAAUAGAUAACAAGACAAAUGCACACUGUACUUACAGACAGAUAACGUUACAUCUAUCCACGGGUUUGGUAUAAAAUCUCUGCGUGCUAUUUAUGUCCAUAAAAAUUGACAAAAGAAAUCAAGAUAUAAAGACAUGCGACCAGACAGAGUGGAGUUGUAGUUUUGAACUACAAGUUUCUGAAAUACGUACAGACUCUGUAAUAUGACCAUCUGCAAUGCGAAAUCAAUGUGACUGCCUGUAAAGCUGUCGUGAUUAAACCUUAUCGAACCACCCGGGAAA